AUGCUCAUUCAGACGGGAAAAGCUGAAGGCUGGCUGCACCUUGAUGUUGACUCCGUCAGAACAUGGGCGACAACAAGCGGCAUCGGAUUCUCGAAUGCCUCGCCCAAGGCCAUCCCAGAGAGAGGUAUAGGACUGUUGACCGAUCGCAGUCUUUCGACACGCGAGCGCGGAAACCCGUGGGAAGUUCUGACUGUCACCGAAGACCUGGUUCUGUCGGUCGAAGCUGUGAAGAAACACGCUCUCUUCGACAAGGACUUCAGGGAGGUUUUUGACAGCUUGGGGGAGUUUGGAAAGACUCCAAGAGGUGGCAUCCUUUCAUUUCUCCUCUUCCAAGCGUCUCUUUCCUGCCCCCAUCUCCACGAGCGUUUUGGCGUCCAUUUUCCUUUCACUGACUAUGUCAAAACACUUCCGUGCGAACUGCUUCCAACAUUCUGGACGCCCGCUGAAUUGCAGCUCCUCGUUGGGACAACCUUAGCUCCAGCUGUGUCUUCCAAGCUCAAGAGUCUUCGCCGCGAAUAUGACCUUCUCUGCGAAAAGGUCGCCUAUACUCGGUGGUUCCAGAUUGUGGAGUCUCUUCUCGACUUUGACGAUUGGCUUCAAGUCGAUGCCAUGUUCCGGUCCAGAGCCCUGGACUUUUACGGCUCCUGCAUGAUUCCAGGAAUGGAUCUUGCGAGUCAUGGAGCAGGCGAGAGAACCAAUGCGUUUUAUGACAGAGCCGAUGGGCGAUACUUCUUGUGGCUGUUGGAAGACAAGGAGCUGCAAGAAGGAGAAGAGAUCACAAUCACCUACGGCGACGAAAAGGGGGCCUGCGAAAUGCUAUUCUCUUACGGUUUCUUGGAAGAGCAGAUGGAGAAGGCGGAGACUCUGUUUCUCAGUCUGUCCAUCCCUGAGGACGACCCGAGGCGAGCGGCGAAGAUGAAGAUUGCACAGAGUGCACCGGGCUUCAAAAUCAUUGAUGCCUCCGAACAAGAACAGCGCACUCCCCAAGACGACGGCCAGAGCAGUGCGAAGGAGAUAGACGAGACAGGCGCUGUCGACGAGAACAGUGGAGAGAUCGACUGGAAGGGCGACUUCGUAUGGCUGCUUUGCAUGACGGAAGAGGACGGCCUACGCUUUCAGAUUGCAAGGACUGUUGAUGGCGAAGAGGAACUCCAGGCCACUUUCCAUGACCAAGAAUUGAAAGGAGGAGCCGCGGAUUUACGCCGGCUUCUCUCGCAGACGCCUCUUUGGCCGGUGUACAGACUGCGCGCGGUUGUCAUCCUUCAACAGCGUGUAUUUGAACAGAUGCAAGUGCUCUACCAAUCGCAGGAAGACGUCGAAGGCACACCUCACGGCGAUGGGGCCGACGUUCGAGACGCACCAUACCAACAGGCAAUGAAGCUGAGGAGGCUCGAGUUCGACUUGCUGGAAAAAGCAUACGAAGAUUUUGAAAGACAGAAAGUCGACCUCGCGGAAUCACCGGUUGUACAGCAGUAUCUGGCCGAUAUGAAUGACGAACAGCAGCCCGAGGAGGACUUCUCAUGA